AUGAGCUCCCCUUCAGCCUCUCUGCGAAAGAGAGGUGUGAAGAAAGAGGAGUCAUCGACUCGUCUGCCGCCUGACAGUGUCACUGUUCCAGCUGCCGCAGCUUCGGGAAAGCCAAAGUCGGAGUGGGAUUAUUGGCUGGCCAUUUCCAUCCUGACUGCGCUCGCAUUUGCGACGCGCUUCUGGCGAAUUGAUUUCCCCAAUGAAGUUGUCUUCGAUGAAGUCCACUUCGGAAAGUUUGCCUCGUACUACCUCCAGCGCACCUACUUCUUCGAUGUCCACCCACCCUUUGGAAAGCUUCUGUUCGCCUUCAUGGGCUGGUUGAUUGGAUAUGAUGGCCACUUCUUGUUCGAGAACAUUGGUGAUUCGUACAUUGAUAACAACGUGCCUUACCUAGCUCUCCGUGCUAUGCCCGCCACUCUGGGUGCUCUCACAAUCCCUGUGGUCUUUCUGAUCAUGUGGGAGUCGGGAUACUCGUUGCCUGCCUGUGUACUGGCUGCUGGUCUCAUGGUCUUUGACAAUGCCCAUGUGGGUGAGGACCGAUUGAUCCUCCUGGAUUCAACCCUCGUCAUUACCAUGGCACUUAGUGUCUUGUGUUAUGUUCGCUUCUACAAGUUGCGCUUCCAGCCUUUUGGCCGUAAGUGGUGGAAGUGGCUGCUGCUUACUGGAUUUUCCAUGAGCUGUGUCAUCUCAACCAAGUACGUUGGCUUCUUCACUUUUGUCACUAUCGGCUCGGCCGUCGCGAUCGACCUGUGGAAUCUCUUGGAUAUCAACCGCCGUGAUGGAGCCCUUGAUAUGAUCACCUGGGUCAAGCAUGUUGCGGCCAGAGUUGUCGGUCUACUCAUCAUUCCCUUCUUCUUUUAUCUGUUCUGGUUCCAGGUUCACUUCGCUGUUCUCACUCGGUCUGGACCCGGUGACGAAUUCAUGUCUCCUGAAUUCCAGGAGACAUUGAGCGACAAUGCGAUGACCGCCCAGUCGGUGGGAAUUCAAUACUUUGAUCAGAUCACUAUGCGCCACAAGGACACCAAGGUCCUGCUUCACAGUCACUGGGAGCAGUACCCCCUGCGAUAUGAUGACGGCCGUAUUUCCAGCCAGGGUCAGCAAGUCACCGGAUACCCCCACAACGACACCAACAACUUGUGGGAGGUUCUCCCCACUUCUCCUCUGGCCGAGGCCAACCCCAAGAGCGUGCGAAAUGGCGAUAUCAUCCAGCUUCGUCAUGUUGGCACCGAUAGCAUCCUGCUGACACACGAUGUUGCGUCUCCAUUCUUCCCUACCAACCAGGAAUUCACCACUGUCUCGAGGGAGCUUGCCGAUGGUGACCGCCACAACGAUACCUUGUUCGAGAUCAAGAUUGAGAAUGGAAAGCCAUUCCAAGAGUUCCGCACCUUUUCUAGCUUGUUCAAGCUCGUCCACGUUCCGACUCGGGUUGCCAUGUGGACUCACACCACUCCCCUGCCAGAAUGGGGAUUCAAGCAAGCUGAGAUCAACGGAAACAAGAACAUCCUUCAGUCCAGCAACAUUUGGUAUGCAGAGACUAUCGAGGGAAUUCAGCCAGACAGCCCCCGUCUUCAGAAAGAAGAACGCCAGGUCAAGUCUCUGUCCUUCCUGCGCAAGUACUUUGAACUGCAGGGCGCUAUGUUCCACCACAACAAUGCGCUGACCAGCAGCCACCCGUAUGCUACUGAGCCCUUCCAGUGGCCCUUCUUGUUGCGUGGUGUGAGCUUCUGGACCAAGAAUGAAACCCGUGGACAGAUUUACUUCUUGGGUAACCCUAUUGGAUGGUGGAUUGCCAGUAGUUUGCUGGCGGUAUUUGCCGGCAUUGUCGCAGCAGACCAGCUGUCCCUUCGCCGCGGUGUUGAUGCAUUGGAAGAAAUUUGGGGUCCUGGUACUCGAUCACGUCUGUACAACAGCACGGGCUUCCUGUUCCUGUGCUGGGCUGCCCAUUAUUUCCCCUUCUGGCUGAUGGGUCGUCAGCGCUUCCUGCACCACUACUUACCGUCCCACCUGGCCUCAACCAUGGUGACGGGUGCACUGGUUGAAUUCAUUUUCAACGUGUCUCCUCUAGACCCCGCCACUGCCGCACCUCCUGUGGAUGAUCCCUCCGGCAAGGCUAAGGGAACCCGAGUGAGCCGCAGUGUUCGCCGCUUUGUGACCGCCAAGGAGCGCAUGGGCCUCAACUCGGUGCUUGCUACCUGGGCCGCGACCAUUGUCAUCCUGUUGGCUACUAUUGCAGGCUUCAUCUUCUAUGCGCCCUUGACCUAUGGUACUCCAGGUCUGGACGUGGAUGGCGUUAACGCCCGCAAGUGGCUGAACUACGAUCUCCACUUUGCCAAAUAA